AUGUCUGCGUACUCAGCAUCGGGUCAGUCUCAAAUGCCGGCAUUGAUGAUGGCACAUGAUGAUGACGCAAGCUCGAACAGAAGCUGGAGCCUGGUGGUGAUCCCGGGGGACAGUUCCAAUGUUGAAGUGAAGUAUCUUCAGCAGCAAGGGGACCGAUCAGAAUAUCCUGGUGGUCUUACCCCGGUUGGUCAUCCUAAAGACUUCACCCCGGGAUUCAUGGUGUGCUACACCAAGCGCGGCGGCUCGGAGGACGACUGCCACUGUCCAAAUUUGAUUGUGGAAAUCACGGGCCUUCCACUUUCAGACCCGGACAUGGCGUUCCUCGUGGACACUCAUAAGAUUGAGAGGGUGGAGGAUAUCAAAUCCAUUGUGCAAUGGUGGGUGAGUGAAGGGUGCGUUGACCACGGGUUGGAAGCCACCGAGUGGAUACCCAAAUCGCAUUGGGUACUCCACAGCAUUGAGCGGGCAACCCCGCACAACAUGCCCACAAAAUACCUGAAGAAGACGGACAUGCCGCUCAGGUUUUCCUGGCACACCUGGAGCCCAUCCCACAAGAAAAGUCACAGCAGCGUCGUGGUCUGA